GCUCGGUGUUUCGUCACAACAUGGCGACUUGUUCAGGCGCCAGGGUCGAUUUAAACACCGAAAGCCUUCAGUACGGAGCAAGCAUGAUGGAAACUGCUAGUGUAUGUGGACUGGAGGCAGCCACACGUGGUCUUGUGGAGGGAAGCAGUUCCCCUCCAGGUAGCGUCACCCCGUCUCAAGAGGAGUUUGGAGGACUCCUCAACGCCUGCCGCAACGAAGAGGUCAGGGGAGAGACACCUGGGAGAGAAGAUUGCCGGAUCGACGCACUUGAAGGAGAGCUGGACUCAACUGGAGAUCAGAACAAGGACCAAAAUAUGUUUGGGAAAGAGGUGCUGUUACUGAUGCAAGCCCUUCACACUUUAGCCACUCCAGAGGAGAAACUUGCAGCUCUUUGCAAAAAGUAUGCUGACCUGCUAGAAGAGAGCCGCAACAUGCAGAAACAAGUGAAGGUGUUGCAGAAGAAGCAGACGCAGGUCCUCAAAGAGAAGAUCCAUCUCCAGAGUGAACACAGCAAGGCUGUUCUGGCUCGCAGCAAGCUGGAAAGCCUCUGCAGGGAACUACAACGGCACAAUAAGACCCUGAAGGAGGAGAACGCACAGCGGUUCAGGGAAUACGAAGAGAGGCGUAAGGAGGCCAUGCUUCAUUUCCAGAUGACUCUCAAUGAGAUCGAAACGCAGAUGGAGCAGCACAACGCCCACAACACCAAGCUGAGGCAGGAGAACAUGGAGCUGGCUGAGAAGCUCAAGAAGCUCAUCGAGCAGUACGAGCUGCGGGAGGAGCACAUUGACAAGGUGUUCAAGCACAAGGAGCUUCAACAGCAGCUGGUCGAUGCAAAUCUUCAGAGGACGGCCGAGCUGAUGAGAGAGGUGGAGGAGAAGCAGCAGAGAGAGCGAGAACUUCUUCUGAAAGAUGCAACAGAAUCCAGGCAUAAAUGUGAGUUGAUGAAGGAGCAGGAGCUUCAGCUGAAGCAGCAGCUCACACUUUACAUGGACAAAUUCGAAGAGUUUCAGACGACUCUUGCUAAGAGCAACGAAGUGUUCACCUCGUUUAGACAGGAGAUGGAGAAGAUGACAAAGAAAAUCAAGAAGCUUGAGAAGGAGACCACUCUUUGGAGGACCAAAUGGGAGACAAACAACCAGACCUUACUGCAGAUGGCUGAGGAGAAAACUGUGCGUGACAAGCAGUACAAGGCUCUCCAAGGGAAACUGGAACGUCUGGAGAAGCUGUGCAGAGCCCUGCAGAGGGAACGCAACGAUCUGAGCCAAAAACUAGGAGCCCUCCAGGGCCCAGCAAAGGAUCCUGAAGAGGAGGGGACGGGGCCUCCAGACCCCCAGCCAGGGAAUGUGUUUAGCCCACCUUCGAAUGUAGGCAUGGAUGGAGAGGUAGAAGGAGAAAUGGAGUGUUUGGCCCCGGAGACAGAGAGGUUGGCACUGCAACCGCAAAUGGAGGAAUCAAGAAGCAGAGAGCAUAUUAAUGACGACUGAGCCAGGGACCUUUUUUUUUUUUUUUUUUUUUUUUGUGGAGGUAUAUAUUUUUGUGUAAUAGUUAAUAAAUAAAACUAAAAACAUUAUUAGUAUAUUAAUACAGCUCUGUACAUCGGUGGUUGGCUUUGUGACGAGCACUUUUUACUCGCUUUUCUACCACGUGUUUUUUCCUAGGAAACAGUUAUGUGGUCCGACAGUGACUACAGCUUUAGCGUUUCAUGCUUAAUUCUUUCUUUAGUUUACUCAUUUUUUGCUAGUCUGUGCUCUGAUCUUUUUUUUUUUUUUUUUUUUUAUGAUAAAAUGUAGCUUUCAGAUCUGGCUUUUUAGGACUGAAAUAAAUGGCUUCAGAUGCAUAUAAAGAUCGGAGUUAUUUCAAAAUAUCAAUUAGUUAACUAAUCAACUGUAUCGAAUUAACAGUGCAGUUGCAGGGCAUUCAUGAACGGAAUGAUCAUCAGGUUUCUUCAAACUAGACAGUUUACUUCUAGUGAAAAAACAGGUUUUUCGUUCUUCCAUUUAAACAUAAACUGACCGAUCUCACAGAUCUUAAUACUACAGUUCUUAUUCAUCUCUCAGACUUUACUGCCUAUAUCUUUUCUUUUAAACAUGGUAGACUUGAAAUUAAGGGCUAGCUUGACCUAACAAGGCUGCUUUAAAUACAGUAGGUGAAAUGUCGGGAGACACAGUUUAGUCCGCGUCUGCACACCCAUUCACAAAUUUGUCUGCAGGUUGAGUUCUCCUAAUACAGUUAAAAUGUGACCGGUUGGUAUACAAGGGAUGAUCAAGUCAAACUGGAACUUUUACUUUUUUGCAGAGUAACAUAAAUUUUGGAAAGUAAAACUCCCUUUAUUUCCUCUAUAAUCCCCUUCUACACUAAAUGCACUUAUCCCAGAGUUUCUCAGUAAACCGAAGCCACAAUCGGACUGCCUGCUUCACAUCACGUCAGUACCUAUUAGUGAUGUUGAAUGAAUGUGUGUACAGUUCCCACAGACCGAUGCGGCUCUCGUGCCCGUGAUCAUCAUCCACAGACAUCACAGGACUUCUUUAAAACAUUUGCCUCAUUGUCUCACCGUACUGUGCUUUUAAGUCUUGUGUAAAUCUCAGUGAUGAAAGGUUUUUAUCAGGUCCUGGUUUGACUUGAAAGCCCCUUGUACAUUGAAAAUCACACAGAGACUAUUUACUUUAACAUCUAGCAUCAUGUGUGCACCAAGGUACAAUAAAAAGCUUUUCUUUUUCAAACUUGACAUUGAUGAUGAAAAGUGAAAGUGAACCAAACAUGGGAGGCUUUUUAUUCAUGACAAAUCUUAUUACUUUGGAAACCUAUGAUGUCAUAUGCCCUACAAGUGAGGCAGAUAUAGUACUAAAAAUUAUUAUAAAUAAUUACUCAAAUUGAGAAACUAAUCCUGACAACUUUUAAGCUUGAUUAGUUUGCGAACACUUUAAACACCCAACCAGUCUACUAAAGCUUUCAUACAGUGGCAUAAGACCUACAUCGUUUGAAUUUAAUAGACCAUGUUAUUGUGACUUGAAUGACAUUUAAUGUUUGUUUAAUGUCUCUCAAAUUUGUUCUCAAAAAAACAUGUUAGAUUUGUUAAUAAUUUUUAUUUGUUUUUAAACUUUACGACAUUCCCCAUGUGCAAAUUGCUGUCUUUAGUCAUGCAGUGCACUUGCUCUACAGCAGCUUUCCAUUCGAACCGGGAAGUUUAUUUACGUCUUAAGAAGUUUGAAAGAGGCCUUGACAAUUUUUCUACUUCACAGGAACUAAUGAAUGUGUAACCGAAAAAAAUAAAACUAAUCUUUAAGUAGCUGUGACCCAUGUGGCUGUUGUUAACUAUCUCAAAGUCCCAUGGAUGUUAAAAUUAUGCAAACUUAAUGUGGCACAUAAGGCUUUGCUCUGUCUAAUUUCACAAUUGCUAAACGGGAAAACAGGGUGGUGUAGGACAUCCCCUCAGGUCCGUGUCGAGCCACCAGAAGUAACAUUCCACAAUUAUUUGAUAUGUGCAGAGACAUUCGUGUAUUAGUCAUUUUUGUCAGCAAACAUCAUGUUAACUGAAAAAGUGUUAUUUUAACAUUUUAUUUACAUUAGUGAACUGGGAAAAAGGAAAAAUGUGGGUUACUUAAUCUAUGACAAAAAUAAGUGAUGUUCUGCUAAAAUAAAUAAAAAUCUGCUGAACCUGUACAUCUGUCAGUUUAGAAACGGCUUCAUUGCACCACUGACUGAUCUCCUCGCUUGAAGCUGUCUUACAUUUUAAAUGUUUUUUAUUAUCAAGAUAAUUUAUCACGUGUUAUCGACAUGUGACUUUGUCUUCUCUCCUGUGUUCUAAUGAACCCAGUAUGCAGUAAGGUUUGGGUUGUAAUCGCUGUUUUGGUACUACUCUUGUCUGUAUUCUUUGCUGUUGCCCCAGUUUGAUUCUCAGGUUAUGCAAGAAAUCUACCUCCACAGGCAAAACUAACUGUGAAAGAGGCUAAAGGCAGCAAUUGCUAUGAACAUUUUUUUCCCCUCUCCCUUAACCAAAUCUAUGUCCCUCUGACCUAAUGCUAUUGUAGCCAUGUCUUGCUUUUUUUCAAUAAAAUGUUUUGUAGAUUU